GGCUCGUCUCGGUCACAUAACAUUCAUUCGUCGCGUAGUCGUAGAACAGGAAGAAUCGCGUAUUUUUCGAAAUGGAAAACGUGGCCAGCAGUGAUGAAACUGAUAUCAAAGUGUUUGGACAUUUUUUGCAGAACCAAACCAACUCAAGGUGAAGAUGAGCCGCUUCGACAAUCUACCGUGGCCACCAGCAUUCCGGUGCACGCCCUAUCUGCCAAUCCUGAUCUGGAGUACUCAACGAAAAACAAAAACCGAGGUGUUGCCAUUGUCAUAAAUCAGGAGAAAUUUUCUACGAUGAAGUCUCGCGAAGGCAGCAGCAAGGAUCGAGAUGAUAUUUGUGCCGUUCUGGCGAGCCUUGAGUUUGAAGUGCGCGUUUUGAAUGAUUUCAAAAGGAGUGCAUUAAUUAAGAAAUUGGAGGAGAUUGCUAGCGAAGACCAUACCCACAAUGACUGUCUCGUCGUAGUGGUGAUGACGCACGGAGAGCAAGGUGUACUGUUUGCGGCAGAUGCCGAGUACAAGGUGGAUCGCCUGUGGGAGUGCUUUAUCGGGGAAGCUUGCCCGACCCUUCUUGGCAAGCCGAAGCUCUUUUUCAUACAAGCGUGUCGCGGUAAGAAGCUAGAUGAAGGCGUAUUAGUCCGGAGCGCUACGGACACGGUGGAUGCCCGCGAAUCCCCUAAGCAGCACAUCUACACCAUUCCUACUACGGCCGAUUUGCUGGUAAUGUACUCGACCUACGAUGGUCACUAUUCGUGGCGCAAUCCAACCAAUGGUUCCUGGUUCAUUCAAUCACUCUGCACGGUGCUCAAAUCUUAUGGUCGUGAAAAGGAGCUGUUGCCAAUUCUAACUGCCGUAUCGUGGAACGUUGCCUACAACUACCGAUCGUUCGUGCCUGAUAACGCCAAAAUGGACGCCAUGAAGCAGAUGCCGUGCAUUGUGUCAAUGCUUACGAAAGCGGUUUACUUCCGUCCGAAAUCAGUGUCGUAAGCCGUAGCCACACGUGGUUAUUUCGUUCAUCGCAAGAAAAUAAACAAGUUUUUUUUAAAAGAAAACAUGCACGAGUCU